ACUCAAGUUUGCAGUGUUAAAAACCCUAUGUUCGAAAAUUCUUUUUAACUUUAUUUUCUUUCCUAUUGCCAUCUAAACACACAUUCGAAUCUCUUUUCAAACAUCUCGAAUUUCAAAUUUGAGGGUUUAUAAUCUUUCUUGAAUCCAACUUUAGGUAAACUUGUAAUUUACAGGAUAAAUUUCCGUCUGAACUCUCAUAUUCCGCCUCCCGCUUCCUUGCAGCUUCGAUUCUGUUUCUGCCCUUUGAACAUCGCCAUUGAAUGGCUUACCAGAGCUUCAUGGCGCAUCGGUAGGUCAUAUAUCUCUCUCUCUUCAUUUUUCCUGAUUAGGCUUUUGUUUAUUGCGGUAUCGUUAUGGGUUGCGAUCUUAUUCAUGCUUUGUUUAUCUGCUGAAUUGGAUUAUAUGUACUGCGUUGCACCACCUCACUGUAAGGUAGCUGCUGAAAUUUCGUAGAAAAUUAGCCCAUUAGUUCAAAAUUUUUGUCUGUUGCUCAAGUUCUUCUCUUCUUGCUGAUUGAAACGCUCCUUUUCUAGCUUUUCCCUUUCCAUUAUUUCUUGAUCUCUGCAAUAUGUUUCCAAUUCGAGCUAAUUCAUUGUCCUCCUUCAUUUUCGAGUUUCAGUUUAUCUUUUAUCCAUUAUAAUUAUUUACGAUUGAGUCUAGGUUGAAUUUACGAACUCUUAUCUGUGUCUACUCUUAUCGAAUUUAGUUAUUCUCACCCUACUCGAUUCCAAUUGUCAGCCAUUUCUAUUUCCCAAUGAUGACAAUUAUUUCUUAAGCCUUUCAUUCCCAAUAAUCUUAUUUAUGUUUCUCCAAAUUACUAGAAUCCCUCAUCGUUUCAGCCAGACUCGUGCUUUUGUUGAUGCAAAGGUCAAAUGGGUUAGAGAUCCGUACCUUGAUUUUGCAGUUCAAAGAGAGAAAAAUCUCAGACAAGUAAUUUCGCUUAAGAAUAUAAUCGUUUCGAGUCCUUUAAAAUUUCUGCCACUUUCCAAUGUUUCUUUGCUGAAACAGAACCUCAAAAUCCCCACGACCACCAUCUCCAAGUUCUUCGAGUUAUACCCCUCUGUUUUCAUCCAAUUCCAGCCUAGUGUUGGCUUCCAUCCUCAUGUCAAGCUCACCUCACAAGCUUUACUUCUCCACAAGGAAGAAUCAACUAUUCAUAUUUCUCAACCACAUAGGGACGAUGUUGUGAAGAGGUUGGCAAAACUAUUGAUGCUCACAGGAGCUGGGAAAUUGCCCCUAUAUAUCAUUGAGAGGCUGCAAUGGGAUUUGGGUCUACCCUACAGGUUCAUUCCAACUCUUCUUGCUGAUUAUCCUGAAUAUUUUCAGGUUUGUAGUGUGAGAGAUUAUUUAACAGGUGAACAGACUCUUGCAUUAGAGUUACUUUCUUGGAGGAAAGACCUUUCAGUCUCUGAACUGAAGAGAAGGGAAUGUCUGGAAGGUAAUCUUGGGAGUAGGAAUAGAAGUCAUAUUGCCUUUCGAAUGAGUUUCCCAAGAGGUUUCGAUUUGCAGAAGAAGGUGAUGAAUUGGGUGGAGGAGUGGCAGCGCCUGCCCUACAUUUCACCCUAUGAAAAUGCAUUCCAUUUAGCACCAAAUAGUGACCAAGCUGAAAAAUGGGCUGUGGCAGUUCUCCAUGAGUUGCUUUACCUUAUGAUCUCAAAGAAAACCGAAAAAGAGAACAUCUUCUGCUUGGGAGAGUAUUUGGGAUUCGGUUCUAGGUUCAAGAAAGCCUUAGUUCAUCACCCAGGUAUAUUUUAUGUGUCAAACAAGAUUAGAACACAAACUGUCGUUCUUCGAGAGGCCUAUAAGAAGGACUUUUUAAUAGAAAAGCACCCUUUGAUGGGCACGAGGCAUCAGUACCUUCACCUUAUGAACAAAGUUGUAAGGAGACCUAGACCAGGCAUCAUAUUAGCCUCUUCUAGAGCUAAAAGACGAAAGACUCUCUUUGCCAAUUAAGAAGUUUAACUGAAUGAACUCCAUUGCGCAUUUUCAGUUGUCGGUUGAGGAAGACAAUGCUCUUUCAAAACAGUGCAUUUCAUUAGUGAGAACAAUUCCAUUGAACCCUACAUGAUCAGACAUGGUAUGGCUGCUGUUGAAGUGUUUUUUCUUUAAGGCUUGGUGACAUCUGUAUAGAGCAUCAGAGACAUUUUCUUAGCCAAAAUGAGUUGAGCUUAGCAGUAAUUGACGUACACUCUCUUUUGAGAUAACAACUUCGAUCCUUCAUUUCGGCAAUUGUUGAUACUUUAAAAGUUCUUGCAAAGAGACUUGUUGAAGGUGAUUAAAAAGAUGUAACUCCAGAUACAUAAUGUACGCAAUUAAGGGUAGGUUUAGGAAGGUUUAAGUUAGUCAUUUAGGAAGAAUGGUGGAAGCAACAGAAAUACUUACAUGUCUAAAGUUUUGACUAAAUAUAAUAUAAUUUUGCGUCAGUUUUGAGUU